UUUGCAGAUGUUGCCCUCCAAAAAAUAAAGGUGUCUUGACUGUUGUACUUUUUGUUCACGAGCAUCUUAUUAAAAUCACUGACAGUGACCUUGCUAGUAUAUCUACUUGUUCUUUUUAGUACUCCUUUAGUAAUGGUAGCUUUGGUGACAAGUUCCCACACAUAACAGUAACUUUAAGCAUCUUAUAUUUAUGGGACAGGUAAUUGUUAUAAUAGAUAGAGAACUGGAUCUAGAUUCAAGGAAACCUUAAUUCAGAUUUGACAUUACACACUAGCUCAAGUGAUGCAAGGCAGGUUAUUUCUGUUUGCCUCAGUUUCCUCUUCUGUAAAUUGGAGAUAAUACCUCCCAGAUUAGAUAAAACAAUAGUUGUAAAGCACUUAGCACAGUGCCUCAUUUGUAAAAAGGGUUAUAUUAAUGUUAACUUAUUCAUUCUAGUGAGGCCAUUUCUUAGAAUUUCAUACUUGAGUUUCCUUUUUUUGAGCUAAUGUUACCCUUGCAAUCAUACCAUUGGAUUCUACCUCUCCUUUCCUUAACUCUUUGAAAUCUGAUGUAGCACCUAGAGAUACCUCACAGACUGCCUAGAUUUCAUCCUUUUACCACUUAUCACAAGUUCAGUGACAAAGUGGCUAUUUACCUUCAAAAGUUCUUGUCUAUUUUAUUUCGUUUGGUUUUGACCUCUUUCAUGCUCCACUAAUUUUCUUUUGAUGUCACUUUUUAAGUCCAUAUCAUGUUGAGCUUUUCUUGGUAUACUUAUACAUACUGAUAUAGUAUGAGAUGUUGGUCUGUAAUAAUUUCUGCCCUUCUACUUUCUGGUUUACCAGAUAUUUUUUUCUUGAAUAGGGAGUUCUUGUUCAAUAAUUAAGAUCUUUGGGUUUAGCUAAAACUAGGUUACUGUGCUCAUUUGCUUCCAUAUAUUAUGUAGUUUUUAAUCUUUCCAAUUUUAAUUUUUUCUCUCACCCCCAUCCUAAUCUAUCUUGCUCUAUAGUGUAUAUCAUAAGAAUAUUGCUUUUCCUUCGUUAAUUCUAACCCAUGGUUCACCAUGUUUUGCAUCUUGGGUUCCUAGAUUUAUUCACAAAAACUUUCUGUCCAUCUUUUUUUGUUUCUCUGUCUCUUGAAGUCAGUUAAAUGGCUUGCCCACCAUCAUAAAGCUAGUAAGUGUCUGAAGUCAGAUUUGAACAGAUUUCAGGGCUGGUGCUCUAUCCACUGGUGUCACCUAGCUGCCCUAACAUGCCUUCAAUAUUUGUUGUUAUUCCAUCCUCAUUCAAUCCCCCCUUUUAUUAUUAUUAAAACUUUUUAUUUACAAGACAUAUGCAUGGGUAUUUUUUUAAUAAAGCCUUCUCUUCCAACUUUUCCUCUCAUUCCCUCCACCCCUUCCCCUAGAUGGCAGGCAGUCUAAUACAUAUUAAGUAUACUUUUAAAAUCUAUUCUUUGCCUUUUCAGCAAGAGAUACCUUGUUCCAGUGCUACCCCACCAAACUGGGUUUCUGAAUUCAUUUCCUUUUUUACUACCCAUUUACUACCCACUCCUCUUUUCUACCCAUAUAACUUAGUUGCAUUCAUUACCAUUAUCCCUAGCGUCAUUCUCACCCUCUCUGAUUGUAAAAUGACUAUCUUAAAGGCAGUUGGGUGGUACAGCAGAUGGACUGCUGGACCAGAAGUCAGGAAAACAUCUUCCCGAGUUCAGAUCAGACUUCAGACACUGUCUGUAUGACCUCAUGCAAAGGACUUCAUUCACUCUGCUUGUCUCAGCUUCCUCAUCUGUAAAAUGAGCUGAAGAAGGGAAUGACAAACCAGCCCAGUAUCUUUGCCAAGAAAAGUCCCUGAUGGGGUCGCGGAGUGUUGAACAUGACUGAAAAGGCUGAACAACCACCUGGAGAUCCCUUCUGCCUCUAAGAAAUUUAUCUUCCAAGGAUCAAAAGCUGAUAUUCUCUGUUCCGUGUGUCUUAUGGUGCCUUCCAGCUCUGAGGUUCUAUGGGUAUGGGGGCUGAGCACCUUGUUCCCUGGUUGUCAGGGACUCACAUUAGCAGUGUGAAUGUCUGGGAUUUUGACUUUCCCCAGGCCAUCCAGAACGAUGAGGCGAUGAUGAUGCAGUGCUUUGGAUGUCAGAAGACCCAGGUCCAAAUGCCACUUGGGAUACCCAUCCCCUAUGGAACCUCAGGCAACUGUCUUCUCAGCCAGGAAACACAGAGGUGGGACAAGAAUUGGGUUCCCAGCCUCCCUGCUUUCUACAGGAUGGACCUUCCUGUAGUCUGUUCCCUCCCCCCAAGACCACCUCCCAUUUCUGCUCUGUGAGCCCCACAGUGUGGGGUUCUUGCUCUUUGUAUCCCCAGGGCCUGGCAUUGACCAUGCUCUCAGAUUUAGAGCUGGAAGAAGCCUCCCUUUUAUAGAUGAGGACACUGGAACCCAGGGUGAGGAUCAGGUCACCUGGGCACCCAGGGCAAGACUGGCAUCAUGGUUCUGGGACUUCCCCCUGCCACACAGCCCACUCACUUAGCUUUAGAGCCUCUUCAAGCUCUCAUUUUUCUGUUACUGUCCCCAAUACAAAGCUGCUGGCUAUGUGUGGCCCUGGUGGUCACAGCCACCCUGGGUAGAGACCGCCUGAUGUCCCCAGCCCAUCGACAAGGCCCUGACCUCCUCGUCCCGGUGGAGUUCCCCAAAGAAAGGCCACUAACAGUUUCGUGUCCCCCCACCUUCCCACUUCCAGCCCCUCGGCCCACACUUUAUUCCUGGCUCUGAAUUGCACGUUCCCAGCUCAGAUUCUCACAUUUUUAAAAAAAUCAGUCAAGGACAGCAUUUUACAAUCCGGUCAACAGCCUGAAAUUUAUAUCACUUCUAAGAAGCGAGAUACCCAGCCCAAAAAUAGAACAGAAAGAGCCCUUUGAAAGGGCCUCCCCUGACUUUCAGACUUCUGGUCUCCCAGGGUCCCAAAGGAUGGACUCUGCAUUGUCAAUUCAAGGUCGCUUCCAUUGGGAAGAGAUAGCCAUCCCUUCCUCCCUCGCAAACAGUCUGCAGAAGGCAUUUCUGCCCCCUUCAUCUCAUAAAAGCCCCAUUUAGCCCAAGGCUCGGCCAUAGCCAGCCCAAGAUGAAGGGGUCCCUUCUGGGUUUGCUCCUGCUGCUGCCAGCGAUGUUUGCCGUGCUGAGAGGAGCGCCCCCCAAGAAGGGGCAGUCAGAUGCCCCUAUCGAGCUGCCCCCUACUCUGCUCAGGAGCCUCAUGGCCCAGGGCCAGAGGAAGGAGAGGUCAGAGAGUGCUCCCAGCGGGCCUUCAUCCUUCAAGAGCCAGAAGACCCUUGGGAGUCAGGCCCACCUCUCUUGGCCCUUGUUCGCUCAGGACAGCGGCACCUCAGAUCUGUGGACUGGGCCCCAGCCCCACCCUUGGCCCUUGGGGGGCUUGAAAAACCCAGUGUGCUGGGUAAAAGUGGGCAGGGAAGGAGACGAGGUCCCAGGCCCCCUCCAGGUUGUGGGGGCUCUCAGUGGUUAUGAGAGGGGCUUUGUGGAAGCACUGAGACAGGCCCGCUGGGACAGCCAAGACUUGGCCACCUUUGGCAUCUGCCCCCCAGGGGGCACAGAAGUUGCCCACCUCUCUCUGCAGCGUUUGGGGGCCUGGCUGGUGGAGCCGGGUGGGUGGACUCUGGUGGUUCUACACCUAGAAGAAGUGACGUGGGAGCCAGAGCUGAGCCUGUGGUUCCAGGAGCCCCCGCCAGUACUUGAAGGAGGCGGCGUCCCAGAGCUGGCCCUGCUGGUGCUGUAUCCAGGGCCUGGACAGGGGGACCGUCCUGGGCAGGAGUUUGGGAUCACUGGAGCAGGGCUGCAACCGCAGCAGAGCCUCUGUCUCUCCUCGGACACCCGGUACUUGGUGCUGGCUGUGGCCGAGCCGGCCUCCCAGGGGCUCUCCCUUGCUCUGCAGCCCCGGGGUGGAGCUGGCCUCUCUCUGGCCACCCCAGAACUCCAGGCCCUGCUCUUCGGGCCAGACCACAAGUGCUUCACGAGGAUGACGCCCGUCCUGCUCCUGCUGCGGGGGCGGGGCUCGGGGGCCGAGCCCCGCCCCAGUCCUCUUCCCGCCGAGGGCAGGCUAGAUACUGCGCCGUACCCCCUGCCCAGGCCCUCUCCACUGCCACUUGUCACGGCCUCUCCGAGUUCCGCAGACCCGUUCCUGGAGACCCUGACCCGCCUGGUGCGAGGAGUCCUGGGCCCGCCUUCCAGCCCCCGCCCGCUGCAUCUGGCCUUGGACCCCGCGGCCCUGGAGGCCCUCCCACACCGGGUGUUCAACCUCUCGGACCCGGCCACCUUGGAGCAGCUGGUGGAGUCGGAGGACCCCCUCCUGCUCCUCUUUCCGGCUGGGAGCCCGGCCCUGCUGCAGGGCCUGGCGGGACGAUGGCCGGCCCCAGAGGGCCCAGCCCAGCGCUUGGCCGGCAAGCUGCAGGCCGUGGCCCGGGAACUGCUGAGCCUGCCGGCCCUGCAGCCCCACGCUGAGCUCCUGCACCAGCUCCUGGCCCUCUGCUCGGCCCCCAGCAACGGCAGCAGCCAGGCGGAGGCCCCGGGCGGCCAGCUGCGGGCGCUGCUGCUGCUCAAGGCCCUGCAGAGCCUGAAGGCCGAGUGGCGGGAACGCAGGAAGGCGUCCCGGGCCCUGCGCAGCGCCCGGCUUGGAGGGGACGGGCCCUGCCGCCUUCAGGAGCUGAGCGUGGACCUGCGCGCGGAGCAGUCGGUGCUCAUCCCCGAGACUUACAUGGCCAACAACUGCCAGGGGCCCUGCCACUGGCCGCAGUCCGACCGGAGCCCCAACUACAACAACCACGUGGUGCUGCUGCUGAAGAUGCGGGAGAGGGGCGAGCCUCUGGGCCGGCCGCCCUGCUGCGUGCCCACCGCCUACGCCGGAAAGACUCUCAUCAGCCUCUCCGAAGAGGGCCUCAGUGCCCGCCUCAUGCCCAACAUGGUGGCCACGGAGUGCGGCUGCCGGUAGGCUCAGCCGCCGAGACCCCGUCCUCCCCAGCCUCAGCCUCGCUCCGGACCGUGGCCCUCCCCGCCCUGCCCCGCUGCCCCCUCUCUGCCC